GUACCUUGCGGUCUAGGUAUGAAGCUCAACACCGCCAUCGGUACCGCUGCAUCCCUCAGCCGGCUUCGGCCGCGCCUCGGUCCGUCGAUAACCGCCCCGUCGGCGAUACAGUGGACGUGCGCAUCGUGUCGGAGCCAGUCGACGGCUGCGGCCGGCCGCGCGCCUGUAGGUUUUGUGAUUGGGAACGGUGGCCGUCGGACUGUUGCGUCCUCGAUUCGGAGCAUUGCGAGCUCGAGAUAUUUUAGACAUGCCUCAACAACAAGCCAGUCGCAGUGGCAGUCGGACUACCACCAGCACCAACAAAAACAAGGAGGCUCAAGGCGGCCGAGAGGUAGCGGCGCAUUGCUGCUGGCAACCACCGGUGGUGCGGCCAGUGUUGGUAUUCUGGCCUUUACGGACGAUAUCAAGGCCGGCUACGAGACGGUCGAGCGGUGUGGCCGUGUUGCGGCGGCUCUGGCCCUCUGCAUUAAUGACUACCGAUCAACAUUGAAGAAGCGCGACGAGCUGCAGGAUGCCGACGAGCAGGAGAAGCUGCUGAGUGAGUGCCACAAAAGGUGUGCGGUCCGGACGCUCAAGGUUCUGGAGAAGAAUGGCGGAAUUUUCAUCAAGCUUGGCCAACACCUGAGCGCCAUGAACUACCUCCUCCCGGUCGAGUGGACGACUACGUUCAUUCCCCUACAAGACCGCUGUCCCGUCAGCUCGUUCGAUUCCAUCCAGGCCAUGUACCUCGCCGACACCGGAAACCAGCUUUGGGACGACUUUUCAGACUUUAGCCCAGAGCCCAUCGGCGCCGCCUCCCUGGCCCAAGUUCACCUCGCGACCCUCAAAGCCGACGGCCGUCGGGUCGCCGUCAAGGUCCAGCACCCAGGCCUGGCCCAAUGGGCACCCCUCGACCUCGCCCUGACCAGGUACACCUUUCAGACGCUGAAGCGAUUCUUCCCCGAGUACGACCUGAGCUGGCUCUCGGACGAGAUGGACCUGUCGCUGCCGCAGGAGCUCGACUUCCGGCAGGAGGCGCACAACGCGAACCGCACGCGCGAGUACUUUUCCGCGCACCCGGAGCUGCCCCUCGUCAUCCCCGAGGUCAUCCGGGCCGACCGGCGCAUCCUCGUCAUGGCCAACGAGUCGGGCCACCGCCUGGAUGACCUCGAGUACCUCGACGGGCAGGGCAUCGACCGCGACGAGGUCUCGGCGGCGCUGGCGCGCAUCUUCAACGAGAUGAUCUUUGGCGACGGCGCACCGCUGCACUGCGACCCGCACGGCGGCAACAUUGCCAUCCGGAAGAGGGAGGGCAGAGGACGAGGGCUCGGCGGCUGGGGCGGAGGCAGCAACUUCGAGGUCAUACUCUACGACCACGGCCUGUACCGCGACAUACCGCUGGACCUGCGGCGGUCGUACGCCAAGAUGUGGCUGGCCGUGGUGGAGGGCGACAUGGACCGGAUGCGCAAGUACGCGCACGAGGUGGCGGGCGUGACGGACGAGUCGUUCCCGCUGUUCGCGUCGGCCAUCACGGGGCGCGACUUUGGCGUCCUCGCGUCGUCGUCGUCGUCGUCGGGCGGCGACGGCUCCGUGCUCCUGGCCCCGCGCUCCCUCGACGAGAAGCAGACCAUGGGCAGCGCGCUGCAGGGCGGCCUGCUGGCCGACCUCGUCCAGCUGCUGGGCCGCGUGCCCCGCAUCAUCCUCCUCAUCCUCAAGACCAACGACCUCACCCGCAGCCUCGACGAGAACCUGCACACCCGACAGGGGCCCGUCAGGUCCUUCCUGAUCCUGGCCAGGUACUGCACGCGGACCGUGUUCCUCGAGCGGCUGGAGGCCCUGCGCGAGCGCGGGUCCCUCUUCUCGCCCCGCAACGCCCUCGGCCUGCUCGCCGCCUGGGUCGGGUACUUGAAGGUCGAGGUGCAGCUCGAGGCGUUUGAGAUGUGGCUGUCGGUCAAGAGGUGCGUCGUCAGCCCGGUUUUGGAGCUGGUGAGGAGGAGUAGAAGGGGGGAGGGGGCGGUUGCGGCCUUAUAG